AGAGAAACGGAGAGGGUUAGAGCUGGGUUGAUUUAUGAGCCAGAAGUCAGAAACACAGAGUGCACGACAGAGAGAGAGAGAGAGAGAGAGAGAGAGAGAGAGAGAGAGAGAGAGAGAGAGAGGAUAAGAGAGAGCGGGAUAUCGGGACACCAUCAGAGAGGCAGAGAGAGAAACAAAGCAACAACUAAGAAAUAGCAGUAACAGUAACACAGACAAGUGUGUGAGAGAGAGAGAGAGACAGAGUGAAGACUGUCAGAAAAAGAACAAAACAGUGAUAGAAAGAGGACAAGCUGGUGCGAGAGGGAGGUAGAGAGAGAGAGAGCGAGAGAGUGAGUGAGAGACAGAGAGCAAGAGAGGGAGAGAGAGAGAGGGAGAGAGUGAGUGAGAGAGAAAGAGAGGGAGGUAGAGAGAGGGAGCGAGAGAGUGAGUGAGAGACAGAGAGAGAGAGAGAGAGACAGAGCGAAGACUGUCAAUAAAAGAACAAAACAGUGAUAGAAAGAGGACAAGCUUGAGCGAGAGGGAGGUAGAGAGAGAGAGUGAGAGAGUGAGUGAGAGACAGAGAGAGCUAGAGAGAGAGAGAGAGAGAGAGAGAGAAGACUCAGAAGAAGAGCGCACAGUGACAGAUAGAGGACACGCGGGCGUGAUAGAGAGAGAAAAGUGCCCUCUCAGGGGCGUGCCCCCGAACAUUAGUUCCUGGAGGAAGUGCGAGCCUCAGCUCAUCGCCCGAGCGUUGCGGACAGCUAGCGGCAGCAGCAGCGUCUCUGUACGGAUACUCUUCCCGAGCAGGUCCCCCCGGCUCCGGACCGCCAAGACCGGAACACCCGGAACGUCGGAGCGCCGUCCCGCCCGCCCCACACGCGCACGGCAGGAACCCCCCGCGGGAGAACAGCACGCUUCCACGGCCCACAGCUGCGAUGGAGGCCUUCAACUCCAAAGACAUGGCCAUGAAGGCCCAGAAGAAGAUCCUGAGCUCCAUGGCCAGCAAGUCGGUGGUGCAGAUGUUCAUCGACGACACCAGCAGCGAGAUCCUGGACGAGCUCUACCGCGUCUCCAAGGAGCACUCGGGCGACCGGCCCGCGGCCCAGAAGGUGGUGAAGAACCUGAUCAAGGUGGCGGUGAAGAUCGGCGUGCUCUACCGCCACAACCGCUUCAGUGCCGACGAGCUGGGCCUGGCGCAGGACUUCAAGAAGAAGCUGCACCAGGGCGCCAUGACGACCAUCAGCUUCCAUGAGGUGGACUUCACCUUCGACAAGGCCGUGAUGGUGGACAUCCUGACCGACUGCCGGGACACUCUGCUCAAGCUGGUGGAGAAGCACCUGACGCCCAAGUCCCUGGGCCGCAUCAAGCACGUCUUCAACCACUACGCCGACCCGGAACUGCUGACCCACCUCUACACCCCGGACGGGCCCCUGCGGCCCCACCUCACCAAGAUCUGCAACGGCCUCAACAAGCUGGUGGAGGAGGGCAAGUUAUGAGCCGGGACCGUCCCGGGGGCCCAGGCCGCGGAGCGGUCAAAACGUUGGAGGACCCCGCGCCGGGGGUGGACCUCCCGUUAACCUGACAAUGUG